UUUGACCCCCUGUCCCUGCCUGGAGGCCAUGUCCUGGCUGGCCUGGAUCCCGCAGGGCUGUGUCCUCCUCAUCAUGGUUUCUUUUUCCUCCUGCAGCUCUGCUCCUCCCACCCCAAGGACCCUCAGGGAAGCGACCAUGAUGUCCAGAGCCCCCCUGGCCGAGCCUCGGGCACCACUGGUGUUCCAGGAUGUGGCCGUGGACUUCACCCGGGAGGAGUGGAGGCGCCUGAGCCCGGCCCAGAGGGACCUGUACCGGGAGGUGACUCUGGAGACCUACGAGAACCUGGUGUUCUUGGCAGGAUUUCCAGUUUCUAAGCCGGAGGUGAUCUGGCGCCUGGAGAGGGGAGAAGCUCCUUGGCCGCCUCGGCGAGGAACGUCAAGGGCCGCUUGUCCAGGUUCCUAUGGUCAGGAGACUUGCUGUGACAGCAACAACUUGACUUCAAAGCAGGACAUUUUUAUAGGAACACCUUCUAAGGAAAGACUGGCAAAGAAUGGUUAUUCCAAAGUGGGAGAAACUUUGGAGGGUGAUGUCAGAUUAGGGAAACAGAAGUGCAACCAGGAGAGACAGUCCAAACAAGUAACGGGCACUAAUGGGAAGCCAUUUAACAAGGUGAGUGUGCCUGAAAGUAAUACAUUUGGAAGAAGUUUGAAUCUUGGGUCUGUCUUUGUUACUCAACAGAGAACUCCUACAGAAAAAAGUCUCCCAAAUCAUACAGUUGCAAAGAACGUGAAACAGUUUUCAGAACUAUUUAAAUGCAAUAGAAUCCCCCUUGGGAAAAUGCUUUGUAAGUAUAAUAAAUAUGGAAAGUCCUUCAGUUAUCACUCUGAUCUCCUUCAGUUUCAUAGACAGCAUACUGGAGAAAAGCUGCAUGAACGUAAUGAACAUGGGAAAGCCUUCGGCAAAAGAUCAUACCGUACUCAACGUAAGAAAAUUCGCAAUAGAGAGAAACGCUAUAUAUGUAAUGAAUGUGGAAAAGCCUUUAGUCAGUGGGGAAGCCUUAUUGAUCAUCUGAGAAUUCAUACUGGAGAGAAACCUUUUCAGUGUAAUGAAUGUAAGAAAACCUUUAGCCAGAGAGGAACCCUCAUCAGGCACCAUAGAAUCCAUACUGGAGAGAAGCCCUUUGAAUGUAACGAAUGUGGGAAAGCCUUUGGCAACAAUUCCUGUCUUACUCUGCACCAGAGAAUUCAUACUGGAGAGAAGCCUUAUGUAUGCAGUGAAUGUGGGAAAGCCUUCAGUGGGCGGCAAAACAUGAUUCAUCAUCAGAGAAUUCAUACAGGAAAGAAACCUUAUCAGUGUAAAGAAUGUGGCAAAGCCUUUCGACACAGGGCAUCCUUCGUCUGUCAUCAGAGAAUGCAUACUGGAGAGAAACCUUUUCACUGUAAUGAAUGUGGGAAAGCAUUUAGACGGAAGGAAAACCUUACCGCACAUAGGAGAAUUCAUACCGGAGAGAAACCCUUCGAAUGUAAUGAAUGUGGGAAAACUUUCAGCAACAAUUCUUGCCUUACUUUACAUCAGAGAAUUCAUACUGGAGAGAAACCCUAUAAAUGUAAUGAUUGUGGAAAAGACUUUAGGCACAGGGCAUCCUUCACUUAUCAUCAAAGGGUUCAUUCUGGAAAUAAACCAUAUGACUGUAAGGAGUGUGGGAAAGCUUUCAGUCAGAGAGCUAAUCUUAUCGAACAUAUGAGAAUUCACACUGGAGAGAAACCUUUUGAAUGUUACCAGUGUGGGAAAGCCUUCAUCAAUAACGCUCGGCUCACGGUGCAUCAGAGAUUUCAUACCGGCGUGAAACCUCACGAGUGUAAGGAGUGCGGGAAAGCUUUCAUGCAUAAGGCCAGCCUCACUGCACAUCAGAGAAUUCACACUGGAGAGAAGCCCUAUAAGUGCGCUGAGUGUGGGAGAGCCUUCAACCAGAGUGCACACCUUAUGAGACACCAGAGAAUUCAUACUGGUGAGAAACCCCGGAAGCCGGCAGAAAGCAAAAAGCCAGCCAACCAGCUGGGUAUUCUCACUGCCAAUGAUGCUGCCAUUACGCGAGAGAACCUUUACCAUUGCGAUGAGUGUGGGAAGGGGUUUAGGCAAAAAUCCUACCUUUCUCUCCAUCAGAGAAUUCACACUGGGGAAAAGCCUUAUCAUUGUAAUGAAUGUGGAAAAGCUUUCAUUGGGAGGGGACAGCUCAAUACACAUAAAAGAAUUCACACUGGUGAGAAACCCUUUGAAUGCAAUGACUGUGGGAAGGCCUUCAGCCGAAAAGAACACCUUACUGCCCAUGAGAGAACUCACACUGGAGAGAAACCCUAUCAGUGUAAAGAAUGUGGAAAGACGUUUAGCCAGAACUCACACCUGACAGUGCAUCAGAAAACUCAUACUGGAGAGAAACCAUUUUUGUGUAAUGAUUGUGGAAAAGGAUUCAGCUAUAGGACCUCACUUAUUUCACAUCAAAGAAUUCAUACUGGAGAGAAGCCCUUUGAGUGUAGUGUGUGUGGAAAAAACUUUAGUCAUAGACCAUCACUUAUUAAACAUCAAAUAAUUCAUACUGGAGAGAAACCUUUUGAAUGUCUUAAAUGUGGGAAGAGCUUUACCCACAGAUCAUCAUUUAUUAAACAUCAAAGAAUUCAUAAUGGAGAGAAAGCCUACUAGUGAAAUGAGUGAACAAAAGCCUUUAGCCAGGGAGGAAAACUAAUAAGAAAUUAAUUCUGUAGAAUAAGCCUUUGAUUAUUGAAUAUGGAAGCUUUUGUCAUGGUUUUGAUUGACUUGUUUUCAGAGACCUCAUGGUUUGGGGUUACCUGAUUCAAGUACUGGUCUAGGAUCAAGAAGACCUCAGUUCGAAUCCUCUCUUGACACUUUCUAGCCAUGUGAUCCUGGGCAAAUCAAAAUCUCUUUAAGCCUCAGUUUCCAAGUCUGUAAAAUGGAGAUGAUUGCACCUACCUCACUAGAUUGUUGUGAGGAUAAAAAUGAGAUAAUGUACAGAAAGCACUUUGCAACAUUAGAGCAUUAGAAAAUUGUGGGCUCAUGAUAAAUUACAGAAAAGCCAGAACUGUAAGAUAGCUGUCUUCCUGGAGUGAUAGCCUAUUAUAUAUCAGAGAAUUUAUACUGGUGAAAAAAAAAAUUCCAUAAGUUUACUGAGUGAGGUAAAGUCUUUUUUUUUUUUUUAAUUAAAGCUUUAUUUUUUUUUUUAAUUAGCAGAAAUAUGUUUUAUUUCCCUCUUAUUCCCCCACUUUGUCUGAGAAAAAAGGGAGGGAAAUUCCUUGAAACAGCUACACAAAAUCAAACAAAACAAAUCUCUUCAUUGGUUGUGUUAAAAACUAAAUAUCUUUUUCUGCUCCUGAAUCCAUCCCUUCUCUGAUACGAGGUGAAUAGCAUGUUUUAUCAUCAGAAUCUUAGUAGACCUUGGAUUGGUCAGCAUUCUUACUGCUUUCAAAGGCUUUGUUAUAAAUUUGUCCUAGUUUUGCACAUUUCUUCAUCACUUUAUGAAAGUCUCCAAAAUUAUCCUCUUUAUAUCAUUGAUGUUAUGGCGUAAAUUAUUAAAACUGCUCACUCUGCUCUGUAUCAAUUCACAUCAGGCUUUCUUUAUCUGAAAUCUUCUAUUUCCUCAUUUCUUAUAAUACAUAUUUUAGAAUUCCAUCACAUUCAUUUGGAGCUGUUCUUCAAUUGACCAGCAUCCUUUUAGUUUCCACAUUUUUUGCCACUACAGAAAAUUACAAAUAUUUACUAAAAAAGACUCUUUUCCUUCCUCUUUGAUCUCUUGGGCACAGAUCGUAGUAAAGCUGAGCCAAAGGAUAUCAUCUCUGUUUGGGGGUAUAAUUCUGAAUUGCUUUCCAGAAAGGUUGGGCUCAUUCAUUGAACUACCAAGAGAGAAUCAGCACUUUCAACAUUUGUCAGUUUCCUUUUUUGUCAUCUUAUGUCAGGGAAAAACCUCAGAUUCACCUUAAUUUGUAUUUCUUUAAUCAUUAGUGAUUUGGAUUUUUUUUUUAAUAUGACUGAAGUUCUCCUGAGAAUUGCCUAUCCAUAUCCUUAGAUUAUUUAUUAAUUGAAUAAUGGUUCUUACUCUUAUGAACUUGAAUCAGUUCAUUAUGUAGCUUGGAAAUGAGAUCCUUAUUAACAACUUGCUACAAAGAUUUUUUUUUCUCAGUUGUUUUCUGGUUCAUUUAACCUUUAUUAAAUUUGUGCAAAAUUAUAUUUUCUAAAUUGUUAUCCAGUUCAUCCAUUUUGUGAUCCUUUCUAUCUCAUGUUUGGCCAUGAACUUUUCUUCUAUUCGUAGAUCUGAUUGGUCAUUUCCCCCCUAGAUUUCUCUAUUUAUGGCGUGUCCUUUUAGAUCUAAGUCUUGUAUCUAUUUGAAGCAUACCUUGAUAGAAAAUAUAUUAGUUGGUCCAAAUCCCAGUGUCUUUCAUACUGCUGUCUAGUUUUCCCAGCAUUGUUAUCAAAUAAUUCUUAUCCCAUUAGUUUUUUUUUUUUUGUUUUUUUUUACCGAACACUAAGUUCCCAAAAAAUUUAACUCCAGGUUUUUUUAUAAGCAUAUCUUUAACACAGUGGAGAGAGUGAUGGGCCUAUAGUCAGGAAGACUUGAGUUCACCUCUGGUCUCUAUAUGACCCUGGCCAAGUCACUUAACUUCUCUUUGCCUCAGUUUCCUCAUCUGUAAGGUGGAGAUAAUAGUAUCUGUCAUAAUGCUUGGAAAAGCAAAUAAAACCUUUGUAAAAAGGUCUUAGCACAAUGUCUUGCAUGUCAGUGCUAUAUAUAAUGCUUAUUUCCUUUCCUGGUUCUAUCAGACAUUCAAAAACCAAUUAAUUCCAGUAUAUUGCAAGCCUGGAAAUAAGAUGGAUCUGACCAAAUAUCUUCUAUGACACAGAUAUUGAUAUAGCCAUAGAAGCAGGAAAGUUUUUGACAAAAUAAUACAACACCCAUCUUGAUUUAAAACAAAACAAAAUUAAAAACCCCUACACCACCAGCAAAUGGGAGUAAAUGGAUCUUAUCUUAAAAAUGAUAAAUGGUAUAUAUCCAAAAUUAAGAGCUGCCCUUAUAUAUAUGUAAUAGAGUAAAUUGGGUGAAACAAGGAUGCCCUUGCCCCACUCCUGAUUGACACCUCCUAGAUAUCGUGGCUGUGUCAAUAAGAAAAAAAUUGAAGGAUUGCGAUCACAUGGUAGCUUAACAGUUGACUUUGAAGCCUGGUUGAUCUGAGUUCAUGUCAUGACUAACAUCUUCAUUUACAAUUAAAUGAUUUACUGUUUCAGUACCCCCAGUAACUGCAGUUCUAUAAAUUACAGAUGAAUUGCCUAUCUGCAUUGAUGGGGGCAAAUUCUAUACUGGGAAGUCACCCAACAGUGAUGAAGUUAUAAGUCUGAAUCAAAAGAAAAACAUGCAUUUUCUUUUCUUUGUUUUAUUAAUUCCCUGUUUUAUACCAUGUUUUUCUCCUAUGCCUCCAUGUCUCCAGGCAUACAGUUUAUGAACUUUCUAACCAGCUCAUUGGCCUGGCACUGAUAGCCAUCAUCAUAUUCCCCAGCAUCAAUAUAACUUUUUGGGAAGUGGUAGAAAGAGGAGGAUGUUUAUCUAGUGUUUAUUCUAUUAGUAUAUUCUAAUUUAUUCUCUGUGUUUAUUCUAGUUACUUUCUAGGAUUAAUUGAAAACACUUGGUCAUAUUCUGCUUCUUAGCUAGUAGCUGUUGAGCCGGAAAGAACCUUCAAGGUGAGAGUUAGUUCAACCUACAUCCAUCAUUUCACAUUUAGCAGCAGUUACCAUCUGAAUUAGGGAUGAUUUUAUUACAAGCUGACCGUCACAGCAAUGUAGAAAGAAACUUUAUGUAUAGAGCAUAUGUAUCCUAAUGAGGUUUGUAAAGGAUAUUCUUUCUAGUUAUCAGAAGCCUGGAGAACACUGGAGAUGGGGGUGGGCUAGGAUUAUGGCUUCUCUAGUCUCCCCCUUAUUAUUGGAGCCUUGGGUCUUCAUUCAUCUCAUGGGUGUUGGCAGCUCAGCUGGGGAGUACUUAUGCUGCCUCUGACAGACUCCACAGCUUUCCCUUUCCAUUCAGAAGAUGCUCCAUCUCAGAUUUUAUCAGUGACAUGUCUGGAUUGUGGGGCAGUGAAUAGGAUGGGAAAUGGUAUCAGCUAUGAAAUCAAUUUUUGGAAGUGGCAGUUUCAUGACUUUAGAGCUAUAAAAUUAAAGUAGUGACAAGUAAUAGAGGUAGGCGGAAAAUGGUCCUGGUAGAACCUCAGUAUUCUAGUGGAGUUUUCUUUGUGUUUAAGUAACUUGACUUGUAACUAAGCCAUUGGUGCGGGAAAUGGCUUUGAGGAAGAUCUCUUUAGUAAAAAGCUAAUACCAGAAAUUAUAGCUUCUGCUUUAUAUGGUUUUUAGUCAUCUAGUUAUCAAGUCAUAAGAAGGCUAAUUAUAUCCUGGUAUAUGUUAUGAAAACGAGUAUUAUAAAAGCCAAGUACAAACCAGACUUGGAAGACAUUGGGGCAUCAUAAUCUCGCUGCCCCCAAUGUUGAAAAUACACCCUCCCAGGCCCAAUUUUUCUUUUUCCCCAAGGCUGAUGGUGGGUUCCUUCUAAGAAAUUGUGCCUCCUUCCUCCUAAGUCCCCACAUACAGUUGAACCCAAGUUUGGGUCCAUUGGUGAGUCUGGAAGGUUUUGACUAAGAUGCUGCUUUUUACCAUCCAUAAAAGUCCAUAGUUUGGAAGUGACCUCAGAUCUUGCGGUCUGACCGCAAUCAGCCUUAGCUUGAAUACUUUCAGUGAGAGAAAACCCGCUAUUUCUUUUUUUUUUUAAUUUUAAUGUUUUAUUUUUCCAAAC